AUGACCGAUAAACACCCGAGAUCGAAUUGCAUUUGGAUUGGCCUUGGCUGCGACGGCGAGGUCAUCACUUUGCCGAAGGGUGCAGUCCAGAUGUGGCAAAACGAAUUUUACUGGCUGGACGGCACAGUUACGCUUCAUGAGAACGAGGGAGCGGCAGACUAUAACCGGGGGAUCACGACUGUUAAGUGGGAGGAUAUUAAUGAGGACAUCAGUCAAAGCCGAGUGCUGCAGACUCAAUCUUCGCUACGGCUUGAGUAG